AUGGCGAACGUCUCGGGGAAGAAGAUUCUGACGGUGGCGAUCUCGUUGCUCGCCGUCCUGGCUCUCCUAGCCAAGUUGAUGAAGACGAUGCCGCGUGAAGAUUCGUCAUCAAGCAGCAAAGCCAUCGUGAGCGGUGGCUUCGGCAGCUCGACGGCGACACCGGCGACGACAGGGAGGCUCCCGUUCCCGUUGCUAACAAGGACGAACUACGCAGCGUGGGCAAUGAGGAUGAAGUUCAUCUUGCGAACCAACGGCGCAUGGGGUGCCGUUGAUCGUGGGAAGAAGCCAACAACCGAGGAUGUCGAUGAGGCCCAGGACCAGCUGGCCUUGUCGAUCAUCUCCCAGUCGGUCGACGACGAGACGCUGCUGCGAGUUACGAAGAAAGAGACCGCCUAUGAUGUGUGGGAGGCACUGCGCUCCAUGCAUGUGGGUGUCGAGCGUGUCCGGGAGGCAAGGGUCCAAUCCUUGCGAGCUGAUCUUGAUAACCUCAAGAUGAGUGAUGCAGAAUCUGUUGAUGAUUUUGCUGGUAAGUUCAUGACACUAGUUGCGCGUAUCCGUGAGCUUGGUGAUGCAGUGGAGGAGAAGUAUGUCGUGAAGAAGCUGCUGCGAUCCGUCUCCACUAAGUUCAUCAAUGUUGCAUCAUCAAAGGUGCUGUUCGGCGACAUCAACAAUAUGGCCAUGGAGGAGGCCAUUGGGUCAUUGAAGGCCCAUGAAGAGCUGCUUAAGGGACAGGAGGUCCGAUUUGAAGAGCAGCUCCUCAUGGCAAGAGGACAGGACUCGGUGCGUGGUCGAGUCCAUGCCCAAGGGAGCCGGGAAGGACGCAAAGACAAGAGCAAGCCAUGCGCCGCUGCACGCCCCGUCCCUGUAACGGCCACCAUUGACGGCAGCCGGAGCCUGCACCUACCGCUCCGCGGGUCGCUGCUGCGUGGCCCGGAGAGUGUUGCGUUCGACGGCCACGGCGCGGGACCCUACAGCGGCGUCUCUGACGGCCGCGUCUUGAAGUGGAACGGGCUGGCACGCCGCUGGUCCACCUACGCGUACGGCCCGGGUUACAGCGCCAAGGGCUGCACUGCAUCCAGGACUCGGCCAGCGGAAGUCACAGAGAGCACGUGCGGCCGUCCGUUGGGCCUGCGCUUCCACUACAAGUCCGGCAACCUCUACAUCGCCGACGCGUACAAGGGGCUGAUGCGUGUCGGGCCGGGCGGCGGCAAGGCGACGGUGCUGGCCAAUGAGGCCGAUGGCGUGCCCCUCCGCUUCACCAAUGGCGUCGACGUCGACCAGGUCACCGGAGAGGUGUUCUUUACAGACAGUAGCAUGAACUACCAGCGGUCGCAACACGACAGGGUCACGGCUACUGGAGACUCGACGGGCCGUCAAAAAAAAAAGUAUCCGAAGACGAAGAGUGUCACGGUGCUGCAAUCCGGUAUCACGUACCCUAAUGGUCUCGCUAUUAGUGCUGAUCGGACACACCUUGUCGUAGCACUCACCGGACCAUGCAAAUUGAUGAGGUACUGGAUCAAGGGUCCCAAGGCGGGCACGUCGGAGCCACUUGCCGAUCUACCAGGCUAUCCUGACAACGUUAGGGCUGACCUCAAAGGUGGAUUUUGGGUAGCACUGCACCGUGAGAAGAUGGAAUUGCCAUUUGGUCCAGACAGUCACCUUCUUGCUGUGAGGAUCAAUGCUGACGGACAAGUGGUCCAGAUGAUGAAAGGAUCCAAGAGCGUAAGACCGACCGAGGUGGUGGAGAGGGAAGGCGGCAAGUUGUAUAUGGGCUCGGUGGAAUUACCUUAUGUUGGAGUAGUUAGUGAAUAG